UUUCAAGAACACGGGAUUUUUUGUUUUUGUUUUGUUUGUGUACUGAAACGAUUCUUAUUAACCUUCCUGCUUUUUGUGUGACCUUGUCUAUGGGACAAAAAGGGAAUUAGUGCUGCCCCAAAAGUAUGUACACUGGGGUGUGGGAGAAGGAUGCAAAAAGGGGAAAGGAGUACACGGAGAGUCAGAGAGCAGAGGAAGGAGGAGAGACUGCGAGAGCCAAGCAUCAGGCCGACAAGAGCUGCCAGCCAAUCAGAGGCGCGCUCGGGAGCUGCAGAGAACCAGCCUGGGAGCCUGGGGCUGGAGGUGCGCUGAGCCUGAGCCUGGGCUCUCCGAGGACCGCGAGCAGCCUUGCCCAGAGCUCUGAGAAAGUCCCCCCCUCUGCUUCUCAUAAAUUAAGUUCCUUUCCACCAGUUAGGGCAAGUCAGCAAAGGGAGAAAAUGAUGAGCUGUGUUUACCAGCAGUCACAACUUGGGAUGUAAUGGCUGCCCCUGUUUUUCCAGCCAUGAAUAACGAUGUAAAUAUGGUCUGACCUUUGCUGAUGGGCAGUUAAAUCAUGGACAGACUAAAUGACCUACUUUGGACUGUCCUUCCAAAAGAUGUUCCGGCUUUCCUCUUGAAGGCACACUGAGCCCUAGUAGGCCACGAAGACAAGAAGGAGUGUGAACCGGACGUGAUCUUACAAUGAAAAUUACGAGCACAUCUUGCAUCUGCCCAGUCCUUGUGUGUCUCUGUUUUGUGCAGAGGUGUUAUGGAACUGCUCACCACAGUUCCAUCAAGGUGACCAGAAACCAAACCAAACACACUGAAGGGGAGACAGAAGUCCAUCAUCGUCCCAAGAGGGGAUGGGUAUGGAACCAGUUCUUUGUUUUAGAAGAACACAUGGGACCAGAUCCACAGUAUGUUGGAAAACUGCACUCCAACUCUGACAAAGGUGAUGGGUCUGUCAAGUACAUUCUUACCGGAGAAGGUGCUGGGACUAUAUUUAUCAUUGAUGACACCACGGGUGACAUCCACUCAACCAAAAGCCUGGAUAGAGAGCAGAAGACUCACUAUGUACUUCAUGCCCAAGCUAUUGACAGACGGACAAACAAGCCUCUUGAACCGGAAUCUGAGUUCAUCAUCAAGGUGCAAGAUAUCAAUGACAAUGCUCCAAAGUUCACAGAUGGACCGUACAUCGUUACUGUGCCUGAAAUGUCAGAUAUGGGUACCUCUGUUCUACAGGUGACAGCUACAGAUGCAGAUGACCCCACCUAUGGAAACAGUGCUCGUGUCGUUUACAGUAUCCUGCAAGGACAACCUUAUUUCUCUGUGGAUCCUAAAACAGGAGUCAUUAGAACAGCUUUACAUAACAUGGACAGAGAAGCCAGAGAGCACUACUCAGUGGUCAUUCAAGCCAAAGACAUGGCUGGACAAGUUGGAGGACUUUCAGGAUCCACAACUGUCAAUAUAACCUUGACUGAUGUCAAUGACAACCCACCGCGAUUCCCACAGAAACACUAUCAACUGUAUGUUCCUGAGUCUGCUCAAGUUGGUUCAGCUGUUGGGAAAAUUAAGGCAAAUGAUGCAGACACAGGCUCAAAUGCAGAUAUGACUUAUUCCAUCACUAAUGGAGACGGGAUUGGAAUAUUCUCUAUCUCAACUGACAAAGACACCAGGGAAGGGAUACUGUCCUUAAAGAAGCCACUCAACUAUGAGAAAAAGAAGUCCUACACACUCAACAUUGAAGGCGCAAAUACACACCUGGACUUCCGCUUUUCCCACCUGGGUCCAUUUAAAGAUGCCACCAUGCUGAAGAUCAUCGUGGGGGAUGUGGAUGAACCGCCACUAUUUUCUAUGCCUUCCUAUGUCAUGGACGUCUAUGAAAAUGCCAAGGUUGGAACAAUUGUUGGCACCGUCUUGGCACAAGAUCCAGAUAGUGCUAACAGCUUAGUAAGGUAUUUCAUCAACAACAGUGCUGAAGAGGACAGAUUUUUCGAUAUUGAUGCCAAUACUGGAACCAUUAAGACUUCAAAAGUACUUGAUAGAGAAGAAACGCCAUGGUACAAUAUCACAGUGACUGCUUCAGAAAACGACAAUCCUGGUUUGCUGAGCCAUGUCUCCGUGGGCAUUAGAGUUCUGGAUGUCAAUGACAAUCCUCCCGAACUUGCCAGGGAGUAUGAUAUUGUUGUCUGUGAAAAUUCUAAGCCUGGUCAGGUCAUUCACACCAUCACUGCCACUGAUAAAGAUGACUUUGCCAAUGGACCAAGGUUUAAUUUUUUUCUUGAUGAACGCCUGCCCAUGAACCCAAACUUCACUCUUAAGGAUAAUGAAGAUAACACAGCCAGCAUUCUGACAAGGCGGAGGAGAUUUAGUCGAACUAUGCAGGAUGUGUAUUAUCUGCCCAUUAUGAUCUCUGAUGGUGGAAUCCCCUCUCUCAGCAGCAGCAGCACCCUCACCAUAAGGGUUUGUGCAUGCGAGAGAGAUGGGCGUGUGCGGACCUGCCAUGCAGAAGCCUUCCUGUCCUCCGCUGGUUUGAGCACAGGAGCCCUAAUCGCUAUUCUUCUCUGUGUUCUCAUUCUGCUUGCCAUUGUGGUCCUUUUUAUCACCCUGAGGCGCAGCAAAAAAGAGCCCUUGAUCAUUUCAGAGGAGGAUGUGAGGGAGAACGUGGUCACCUACGAUGAUGAAGGAGGAGGGGAAGAAGACACCGAGGCCUUCGACAUCACGGCCUUGAGGAAUCCUUCUGCUGCAGAGGAGUUCAAGUACCGCAGAGACAUUCGGCCUGAAGUGCAGCUCACUCCCAGACACCAGACAUUGUCCACCCUGGAGAGUAUAGAUGUUCAGGAGUUUAUUAAGCAGAGACUGACAGAAGCAGACCUGGACCCAAGUGUGCCCCCUUAUGACUCUCUUCAGACUUAUGCCUAUGAGGGUCAGAGGUCAGAAGCUGGAUCUAUCAGCUCGCUGGAUUCAGCCACCACGCAAUCAGACCAGGAUUAUCACUUCCUGGGAGACUGGGGGCCAGAGUUUAAGAAGUUAGCAGAACUCUAUGGAGAGAUGGAAUCUGAAAGAACAACUUAGGCUGUCAAUAUUUUUUGGAGCUUUGUAGAAUUUGCUUCCUGACCAAGUGGAGAUCUGACCUCAAUAUGACAAGGAAGUCGAGAAGAAACAGUACUUGGAACUGAGCAAGCUGUACACAGCUCCUGUAGAAACAAGUGCCCUUUAUAUGAUCAAAAGUGGGUUGUUUAAUUGAAAGAAAGUCAAAUAUAAAAACAAAAAUACAGAGAAAAAGCUAUUGUUCCUUGUGUAUAUUUUAAAAUGCUCAAUAAAGUCUAUGGUACUGUUUAAUUAAGAAUAUCAGAACUAAGCCAAACAAUGAAUAUUUAUUUCAGUAUGUUGUGAUUUCUUUUUCCUAAAGCAAAAUUUAAAGGAGGGUGGGCUUAAUAUCACUAUCAGAUCCCUACUGUGUAACACGUUGCCCAUGGAAACAUACAGAGGUAGUCACUCUUCCUUUGCUACUUUUCUGGGUGAAUCUUUGAAACCCCUGGUCUGUUAUUGUGGCAGAUCAAAUUAUCGUGUUUAAAUUUACCUGAUGUAGACCCAACAAACCAGGCAACUCUAUCAUAGACUUGAAUAUUUCAUUCCCCUCUGCCCUCCCCACUUCUUUUCUCCAUACAAAGUUGAUGGAGCAUGGGGAUUUGCUGCUUGCACUCUAACAUAUGCAACUUCAGUGCACUGGUCAUGCACUGUUCUCAGCAUGGAGACCAAGGUCUCUGUCCUGUCCAUCAUCCUUUACGUUAACAGGGGACUCUCUCUGUUUUUAAAUUGAUGGAAUGAAUUGACUCCGGUAAUCAGAUACGUCAGGGAAGUUUCGAUUUAAAAAAAAUUAUUACAAACCUCGUCCUGCAUAAAACAUUGAAAUUCUUUCAUUGUUUCUCUUUUUUUCUCUCUCUAUUGAUUCCCAAUUCAUUUUAGUACAUUUAUAUCUGAAAUUGGUUGUCAAAUUUUCUGCAGACUGAAUUACACCACAGUUCAUGUAUUUCCAUCUUAGGUAGUCAUCAAUAAUAUGUAAGUCACAUGGUUAGUCUGAUAACUUUGUGGUAUAUCCUGUUGUUUAUCCACCUUCAUUCUACAUGUGGGUUUAUAUUUUCUCAGUUUCCCUGGUUAGUCCUUGCACUUUUGGUAUUUAUAGGAAAAUAUGUAGGAACAGGCCAAAGAAAUUGAGAAAUCAUGUUUAUGACUCCUGAACAGAUCACCUGUAGUCUGAAUUUCAAGGUCCCCAACUGCAGUGUAGAAAUGGCAGUAACUUUCCUGCCUACAUCACAGGGCUGUUGUGAGGACAAAUUGGGCGUUAUAAAAACCACUUCACCAAGUGCAAAGUAUUCUGCUACCUGAAGACUUGCACAUAUUUAAUUUACCAAUACUAUUAGUUUUGAAAUAUAUAUUUGCAUACAUUUCACUAGAUAAUGAUCUUAUGAUGAAAAAAAAUUUUCAAACCUUCAAGGGUCAAGCUAUUGUAAACAUAAAUAUGUAAUAACAAGUUUAAUAAUUUUAAUAUUUUCCGUAUAAACUCCUUUUCUUUAUAACUUCUUGGGGCUUUUUAAAUUUUAUAAAAGAAUAUUCCUUCACCUUGUUUUGGGGGCUUUAUGUAAAAAAGUAUAUAGAACAUCAAGGUACUUACUACUCUUCAGAAUUACCUCAUCUAUAUAUUCCUGGUAAAUUGGAAUUUGUAAACAUGUGAGAUAUAAAGGAUUUGAAGGAAUAGAUGCUUUUCAUUUAAUCUUUAAAUUUAUUAGACUAUAAUGUCCCCCAAAAAGGUAUAUGAUGUUUUCUGAUCUCACCCUUAUGCAAACUUUGGGACUGUGCCUCUGUUUGAAUCUGCCUAGUGCUGUCAUGUUCCAGUUUUGAGGUUUGGGAACUGAGUUUAAUUUGAAUAAUUCUCAGUUUGUGUUCUAAGCCUGAGGAAUAAAAUGGAAUCAAAGCUUUUUAUAACA